AUGCAUCGGCGGAUAGACGAGGUCCACCCAGCAAACGUUGGCACGUUUGAUUGGAUCUUACGCGAAGGCUCGUUUGUGGACUGGCUGUCUCAUGGCCACGGUGUUUUCCACAUCGCAGGCAAGCCAGGAUCUGGUAAAUCGACCUUGAUGAGGUUCCUUUGCCAUGACUCUCGCACGCAAGAGCGCCUCCAACAAUGGGCCGCCAACAGCCACGUCGUCCGUGCGAACUUCUUCUUCUGGAGACACGGCGAAAGCGAUCUGCAGAGAAAUCUUGAAGGCUUAUUUCGAGGCCUGCUCCACGAUUCGCUUUAUCAAUGCCCUGAUCUGAUUCCAGACGUCCUUCCAGAGCUUUGGGAAGCGUCCGAAUCUCCACCGAGGCCAUGGCCGACCGACAGUGGUCUAACACUUCAGAAAGAGCAGAUCCGUGAUGGAUUCCGCAAAACGAUCAACAAGAGAGAGUUAUACUACAAUCGCCGUUUCUGCUUCUUCAUCGAUGGCCUUGACGAGUACAAAGAAACCACACGAGAGGACUACGGAGACCUAGUCCAACUCCUUUUUGAAUGGAUUGACAUUGCUCCACAAGACGUCAAAAUCUGUGUAUCCAGCCGAGAACUCACUAUAUUUGAGACUGGUCGCCUCAACCUUGAUCCCAACUUGAAGCUGAGGCUUCACCAGUUAACGGAAAAAGACAUCGAAGCUGUUGUUAGAGAUCGACUUUCAUGCCUCUUCUCAUCCACCGACGAACAGAAGAGGCGGCCGGAUCUAUCAUUGCUAGAGCGGGCAGUCAUCAGGCGAGCUGAUGGCGUCUUCCUCUGCGUGACGUUGGUCCUGAAUUCACUUCGACAAGGAUGGGCUGAUGGCGACACACUCUAUCUGCUGCUUGAAAAGGUUAACUCGAUGCCACUUGAGCUGGACGACCUUUUCAGGGAGCUGCUCAUGUCAGUGGCACCGGCGAGCAAACAGCGGGCCUACUUGAUGAUGGCUGUUGCAUUGAGACUCGAAGAGGUCAAUUGCAACAUGUCGGCGUUGUUCUACUUUUUCGUGGCGGAGUUUUAG